AAAGUAACACAAAACAUAACAUAAGAUCGUGUUAAUUUUGUUGGGUGCGUGUCGCGUGCCACUCCUACUGCAAAGCAAUCAAUCUGCAAACUCCAUACAACUCCUUUCAACCUCAGAUCAUUCUUCCCAACACACCACCCCACCUUUUCUAUUCACACCUCCAUCCACGGCUUCUUUGUUUGUGUAAAUGUGUUGACUCCUGCAUUAUUUGAAAGUGGAGGGAAUGUUAUGGAGGCUAGUUGAAAGAGAUCCGUGUGAAGUUUGAAGGAUUAAAAAGAACAUGGCUCCUUCAAGCAAGGCUGAGAAGAAGGCAGCUGUAGAUGCUGCGGCAUGGAUGUUCAAUGUUGUCACAUCAGUUGGAAUUAUCAUUGUAAACAAAGCUUUGAUGGGUGGUUAUGGCUUCAGUUUUGCUACAACGUUAACGGGUCUUCAUUUUGUUACUACAACUAUUAUGACGCUCGUACUACGGGUGCUGGGAUACGUCCAGCCAUCUCAUCUUCCAUUGUCCGAACUUCUAAAAUUUGUUUUCUUUGCUAACUUCUCUAUUGUCGGAAUGAAUGUCAGUUUAAUGUGGAACUCAGUUGGAUUCUAUCAAAUUGCCAAGUUGAGUAUGAUCCCUGUAUCCUGCUUGUUGGAAGUUUGUUUGGACAAGAUUCGCUAUUCAAGAGACACAAAACUGAGCAUAGGUAUUGUUCUUUUGGGAGUUGGUGUUUGCACUGUUACUGACGUGAGUGUAAACAUGAAAGGUUUUGUUGCUGCCUUUAUAGCAGUUUGGAGCACAUCUCUGCAGCAAUAUUAUGUUCAUUAUCUUCAACGGAAGUAUUCACUAAGUUCUUUCAACCUUUUGGGACAUACAGCACCCGCACAGGCUGGAUCACUAUUGUUAUUGGGCCCUCUUCUAGACUAUUGGUUGACAAACAAAAGAGUUGAUCAAUAUUCUUACGAUGCAGCCUCUUCGAUGUUCUUAAUCCUGUCAUGCACCAUUGCAGUUGGGACCAAUCUCAGCCAAUUUAUCUGCAUUGGCAGAUUUACAGCUGUAUCUUUCCAAGUACUUGGACAUAUGAAGACAAUACUUGUUUUAAUAAUGGGAUUCUUUUUCUUUGGGAGGGAAGGUCUUAAUCUUCAUGUAGUUAUAGGGAUGAUAAUAGCUGUUGUUGGAAUGAUGUGGUAUGGUAAUGCCUCAUCAAAGCCUGGUGGAAAGGAACGUUGGAGUCUCCCUACCAGCAAAACAGAAAGUCGGUGAUAGUUUGACAGUAUUCACUCAUUAUGAUAUGGUUAUAUAUGCAAAUUGCAAAAGUUGAGUACAGCAAGAUAGUUGAUUCUAGGAAAGUAUAUUUAAUUAUUUGAAAUUAAACCUUACUGGUUUUAAUUAUUUUAACCUCAUUUGUAAUUCUUUAAAUUUGAUUUCUUGUUUUGGAUACUAGAUGAUAUCUCCUUAUAGGUAUGCUUCCCUGGAAAAUUUUCAUCUUUUCCAUGAUCAAAACGAAUUUAUUUUAGACUCUUCA